AUGGCAAGGAUACUCCAAGGAAACCUGCACAGAAGUAGGCUCGCACAUGAUCUGCUAACCCAACACGUGUGGGAGCAGAAAGUGGAUGUCCUAUUGAUCAGCGAACAAUACAAGAACCUAGACCCACCCUUUUGGGUAUCAAACGGCGAAAAAACCGCAGCCAUUUGGGUGCCCGGGCGCGGGUUGGCGAAUACGGGUACGGGAGAAGACUACGUAAGGGGAAGGAUGGGUCGCAUAACAUUCUUCAGCGUAUAUCUGUCACCGAACCUAACUACCGCUGACUUUACCAGGAAACUAGGGGUAUUGGAGGACGCUAUUAGAGAGGUCCCCGGGAAAAUCGUGAUCGGGGGUGACUUCAACGCGAGGGCCACAGAAUGGGGCAUGCCGACGACGAACCCAAGAGGCAGAGCCAUCCUCGAGAUGGCAGCCAGGCUGAACUUGAUAGUAGCGAACGAGGAUCAUACCACUACCUACUGUAGAACAGGCUUUGGGAAAUCAAUACCGGAUGUAACCUUCGCAAACGAAAUGACGACCCGCAACAUAAGGGACUGGCACGUCACGGAAGAAUAUACAGCUAGCGACCACCAGUAUAUUCUAUUCAAUAUCAACGAAGACCGUCAGACCAGUACAAGGAGAAAUCACAGUCGAGCGCCAAGAUGGAAUACCCGACGCAUGAACUGA